AUGUUUCUAAUGAAAUUAGAUUAAUUCUCCUCUGAGUUUUUCUUUACUCUUAGUAAUUAAAGGUAUAUGAAGAGUACACCAUAAGGAGUGAUACUUACGCUAUUUGUUGUUUUCAUCUCACUUUACUACUUUAUUUACUUACUUAAUCUGUAUGUAAAUAAUUAAAUUAGCCCAAAAUUUAGAUCUUAAACCUUUAUAAUCAAUGAAAAAUAAUAAAUUGAAUUUUCUAGUGAUCUUGUUGGGUUUGUAUUUUAGUAUAACUCUACUAUGGCUAUUGAUGAAUUACAAGCAAAAUCAAAUUUAACAUAUCUAGUGUAUAUCCCAUAAUUUUACUAUAGCGAUGGUCUUAAUAAUAUUACUUAUGAUUUAAAUCUUGAUGUAAUACCAUGCACUGAUCCUUCACUCAAAGGAUUAAAUUGUAUUGAUUUCUCAAAAAUAAGCAACUUCACUUUAGAAUUAGAUACAAGUAAUCAAAUUUACACUUAAUUAUUCAUUAGUGUUUACGGCUGUUUAGAUUUGGAUAGCGUAAAAACUACUAUUCCUUCUAACUGUGCUUCAUAAGCUGAAAUAGAUAAAAUUAUUAAUGGGGUCUAUUCUUAAUUUUAUUUAAAGAUGAAGACACAAUAAUAUAACACAACUUCCAAGUAAAUUUAAACUAAUUAUAGAAAUAUCUAUAGUUAUGUAUUUUCAUCUUAGUUUAUUGUUAAUACUUUGAAGACAUAGAGAUAGGAGACUUAAGUAAGCUAAGGGUUGAUUUUUUAAUAAAAAUAAAUCUAUUCUUCUCCUUAUUAAUAUAAUUAACUAAUUUAAAGCUUUGAUAGAAAAUAAUCUUUGCAGAUGGGGCUUGGACCAUAUAUCUAAGAAAAUAUCAUUAUGGAUGAACUAUUGCAAUAAUUUUAAAUUUAAUAUGCUUCAAUUGCAGAUAUUCUAGCUUUAGCAAAUAAAUUAAUUGAUGAUUUUACAGAAUAAGCAUCUCCAAUAAAUAAAAAUAUUCCAGCUUUUGAAACUAAGUUUAGAGACUAUGUGGAGAAAUAAUAGGUUUUGAUGAAUAAUUCAGAUAAAUUAAAUUUAAUGUUUUAGAAAGAAGAAGAAAUUAAAGAAUAAUAAAGCUAAGAAGCAUCAAAUAUUCAAAAAACAAGACUAAAUAGAUAAAAAAAUAUUUAGAGUGGUUUAGAUUUUAAUGAGAGAUUUUUUUUUUCAAUCGAAGACUUUUCUCCUACUAAAUAAUCAAUUUAAAAUAGUAUAUGUAUUUUUAAUAAUAAAUAUUCAUUUCAAUCUUAGUAAAAAUUUAAUAAUUCAAAUCAAAAUUAUCUUAAAAUAUCCACUGAAAAUGCAAAAAAAUAAAUAGAAAACAUUUCUUUAAAUAAAAAAAUCAUGUAAGAUAUAAUUUCUUCAAAGUUGAAAGCAGUACAUAGUAAUAAAUUGAGGAAUGCUAUUCACAAUUUAAUAUUUAAAUUCAAAGUCUUUAAGUCUAAAGCUUUCCUUUUGCAUAAAGGUAUUGAUCAUAAGUAACUAAUGUAAAUAGACAAAGAAGCUAAAAGGAGCUAAAAUAUCUAUUAGCUUUAUGAAGAUAUAAUCUUCUUGAAAAAAGCUGUUUCAAUGCUUCUAAGCCAAGAAUAAUUAGCUGCAAUCAAACUUAUAAGCCUCACUGAUAAUUAUUUUAAUCUUGAUUUAAAAAAAGAUAAUUUAAUUGAUUAAUAUAAAAGUAAAUUUUUUUAAAUUUUAAUCAUAUUUUAAUGA